AUGGAUAGACUCGCGACCUGCCCUCUGUUGGGCCCUGUUUGGCGCACCUUACGUAUUACGUAUUACCCCCGCCUUCCUCUUUUGGGCCCCCUCCCCGGUCGCCAGCCUGCUCGUUCAGCCCGCUGCGCGCUGCACUCGACCCCAAAUCUGACCGGGCCAUCCCACCAACAGCCCCCGCCGCCGGGCCCGCCCUGCCUAUCCGGGCGCCGCGCCGUCGCCCCGGGCCCCUGCACCUAUCUGGGCGAUCAUCCCAGCCCGCGUCCCACGGCGCACGACGGCCCUCCCCGCACUCGUCAUCCGGGUUAUCGCCAGUUACCCCCGUCCAUCUAUGAAAUGCCCCCGGCGCGCCUUACGUCGCUCGAGCAGCCGUCCACACGCUGUUUGCGCGGCGAAGCGUCACUCGGCGUAAACGCAAACCCAGAUCUCCCUGGCUUAGCUAGUCCCAGCACCGUGCGCGGUCCCCUGACCCCUCAACGAGGAUACGGUCGGGCGUCGGGGCGCGCGAAGUUUCUCAUUGUCUACGCCCCGGAAGGCGAGGACGAAUCCGUGCCGGGUGGUAGGCGCAAGCAUGAAGUCGCCCUCGUCGAACUCGAACGCGAGCAACCGCUGCACACAAGUACGAAUUCAGACGAGAGACACCGUGGCGAACUCGAGAACCGGGGGAAUCCGAACGGGGAAGAAACCCCUGACCUCGCGUCCUUCCGCUCACUUAACCUCCGGGGUAUGGAGCGCCCCCUCCUUCUAGCGGCGAAAUGUGACCUGCAGCAGCAAACCGGUCCACCAACCCGAUUCCUGUGCGCACUCGGGCUCGUGUUUAUCUCGAAUGGCUUCGCGCCCCACCGCGCUCCACACCACGGGCGGGUAGGGCAGGACAGGGUACAGCGGGCUUGA